AUGAAGAAUAUGUGGAGGGAAGAAGUUUUGAAAGAAAUAAGAAAAAUAGGAGAAAGUUUGAAUGAGCUAAAGGAGGCGAUGAUAACAGGACAGAAAGGAAGGAUACAGGGGACUCAGAAAAACAAAGAAGGGCGAGAACCGGAAAAAGAAGCAAAGAAAAGGGGAAAGGAAGAGAGGAAAGAAGAAAAGGGUAAAGAUAGGGAAGAGGAAGAAAGAAAGAAGGAAGAGGGAGAAGGAACGGAAACAGCAAACAAACCCAAGAGGGAAAAGAAAGCAGAGUAUAUGGAGGACGUGAAGGGCGAAAAGACAGAACUGGGGAUAAGGAAGGAAAAAGAAGAAGAAAGACAAGAAGUAAAGGAAGGAGGAAAAAGUGGAGAAGACAGGGAAGGAAAUAAAGAAGAGGAGGAGGGAGAAGAGUGGAGGGAGGAGUGGGAAAGAAGAAUGGAGGAGGAGAGAAAGAAGAGAAGAAAAAGAAGUAUUGUAUGGAAAGGGUUGGACAAAGAAGAAAAGGCUGAACUUCGUCUUGGGGGACCAAAAAUUUUUGGUUAA